AUGCAACCUCAACAAAGCUCAAGAAUCAAUUUGUGUGAGUUGAAAGUACUGAUUAUAAAGAAGAUUGGAGUGGAGAAGUCGAAGCGGUACUUUUAUUACCUGAACAGGUUUUUGAGUCAUCAGUUGAGCAAGAAUGAGUUUGAUAAGUUAUGUUUUCGGGCCCUCGGGAGGGAGAAUCUUCCAUUGCACAAUAUUUUUGUGAAGUCAAUUUUGAAGAAUGCCUGCCAAGCUAAGACUCCGCCACCUGUCCAACUGUCGGAUCCUUCAAAAUCAGGAGCACGUGUUACUAAUUUAUCUGCUGGUAGGGAAGAUGGACCCGGACAGAGUGUUGCUAAUGCGAACUUCCAAAAUCAUAAUGUUUCUGUUUGGUCAAACGGGGUUUUGCCAGUGUCUCCACGUAAGUUACGGACUGGAAUGCGUGAUCGGAAGCUUAAAGAUAGACUGAGUCCCCUUGGACCAAAUGGGAAAGUUGAUUCUGUUACUCAUCAUUGCAUGGAGAACGGAGCUAUUACUCCAUGUGAUUAUCAGCAACCAACACAGCAUCUUCAAACAGUUGCUGAGCUACCUAAGAAUGCCAUGGGGGAUGCUAUUCAGGGACUAGCCGAAACGCCAAGAACACGCGCAAAAGGUCUGACUGAAAUAUCGACUGUGGAAGAUGGAGAGGAGGUAGAACAACUAAACCGCCUCAGUUUUACUAGAUGUCCUCUGAUAGCACCACUUGGGAUUCCUUACUGCUCUGCAAGUGUGGGUGGGGCCCACAAAGCAUUGCCUGUGAAUAGCACAGGCGAUUUUGUUGGUUAUUGUGACAGUGGUAGGUUAUCUGAUCCAGAUACGUUGAGAAGGCGCAUGGAGCAGAUUGCAAUGGUACAAGGUCUUGGAGGUGUUUCUAUCGAAUGCGCAAGUAUGUUAAAUAGUGUGUUGGAUGUAUACUUGAAACGGUUGAUCAAGUCUAGUGUUGAUUUAGUGGGAGCUAGGUCUGCAAACCAGCAGAUUCAGGGGAAGGUCAUUAACGGCAUGUUGCCGAAUAAUCAUUUACAUGUGCAUAGUACUGGUAGGACGGCGGAACCCCAGCCUGAACACAAGCCCCAGUUCUCAGUAUCUUUGAAUGAUUUUAAAGUUGCAAUGGAGCUAAAUCCACAGCAACUUGGAGAAGAUUGGCCACUACAAUUAGAGAAAAUUUCUAUGCAAUCCUUUGAAGAAUAA